AUGGUCCGACAACACGUGGAGUCUUGCCAUUCGACAUGUUCGGCCGAUGUCAGCUGUUGUCGUGGUAGGAGGAGCCCGGACGAGAAGUUCUGCCUUCUGUCGCAUGUUCCGCAAUUCCCACGGACUUCCUACGUCUGGAGCAACGACUGUCAGUUAUCACUCGCGAUGGCCUGGUAG